AAAACCCUGGAAAUUGCACAAGAGCGUGGACACAAACAAAACGAAACAAAUGCGUACAUUGGGUUAGGAGAUGCUUAUAGAUUCAACAACCAGUUUCAAACGGCUAUCCAAUCCUAUGCAAAAGCUUUGGAAAAUGCACAAGAACGUGGUGAUAAAGCAGACAAAACAAAUGCGUAUAUUGGGUUAGGACGUGCUUAUAGAUUAACCAAUCAGUUUCAAAAGGCUAUUCAACACUUUCAGAAAGCCAUGGAAAUUGCACAAAAACGUGGAGAUAAACAAACCGAAACAAAUACGUACAUUGGGUUAGGGGAUGCUUAUAGAUUGAGCAAUCAGCUUCCAACGGCUAUCCAAUCUUAUGAAAAAGCCUUGGAUAUUGCACAAGAACGUGGAGAUAUACAGAACGAAGCAAAUGCGUAUAUUGAGUUAGGACGUGCUUAUAGAUUGAAUAAUCAGUUUCAAACGGCUACUCAAUACUUUCAGAAAGCCUUGAAUAUUGCACAAGAACGAGGAGAAAAACAAAGCGAAACAAAUGCGUUCAUUGAAUUAGGAGAUGCUUAUACAUUGAACAAUCAGUUUCAAGCGGCUAUUCAAUACUUUCAAAAAGCCUUGGAAAUUGCACAAGAAUGUGGAGAUAAGCAAAACGAAACAAAUGCGUACACUGGGUUAGGAUAUGUUUAUAGAUUCAACAAUCAGUUUCAAACGGCUGUCCAAUCCUAUGAAAAAGCCUUGGAUAUUGCAAAAGGACGUGGUGAUAAAGAAGACGAAACAAAUGUGUAUAUUGGGUUAGGACGUGCUUAUGGAUUGAAUAAUCAGUUUCAAGCGGCUAUUCAAUACUUCCAGAAAGCCCUGGGAAUUGCACAAGAACGUGGAGAUAAACAAAAUGAAACAAUUGUGUACAUUGAGUUGGGAGAUGCUUAUAAAUUGAACAAUCAGCUUCAAGCGGCGAUCCAAUCCUAUGAAAAAGCCUUGGACAUUGCACAAGAACGUGAUGAUAAAGAAUGCCAAACAAAUGCGUAUAUUGGGCAAGGAGAUGCUUAUAGAUUGAACAGUCAGUCUCAAACGGCUAUCCAGUCCUAUGAAAAAGCCCUGGUUAUUGCCAAAGAACGUGGUGAUAAAGCUGGCGAAACAAAUGCGUAUAUUGGGUUAGGACGUGCUGAUAGAUUGGACAAUCAGUUUCAAACGGCCAUUCAAUACUUUCAAAAAGCCUUGGAAAUUGCACAAGAAUGUGGAGAUAAGCAAAACGAAACAAAUGCGUACACUGGGUUAGGAGAUGUUUAUAGAUUCAACAAUCAGUUUCAAACGGCUGUCCAAUCCUAUGAAAAAGCCUUGGAUAUUGCAAAAGGACGUGGUGAUAAAGAAGACGAAACAAAUGUGUAUAUUGGGUUAGGACGUGCUUAUGGAUUGAAUAAUCAGUUUCAAGCGGCUAUUCAAUACUUCCAGAAAGCCCUGGGAAUUGCACAAGAACGUGGAGAUAAACAAAAUGAAACAAUUGUGUACAUUGAGUUGGGAGAUGCUUAUAAAUUGAACAAUCAGCUUCAAGCGGCGAUCCAAUCCUAUGAAAAAGCCUUGGACAUUGCACAAGAACGUGAUGAUAAAGAAUGCAAAACAAAUGCGUAUAUUGGGCUAGGAGAUGCUUAUAGAUUGAACAAUCAGUCUCAAACGGCUAUCCAGUCCUAUGAAAAAGCCCUGGAUAUUGCCAAAGAACGUGGUGAUAAAGAAAACGAAACAAAUGCGUAUAUUGGGUUAGGAAGUGCUUAUAGAUGGAACAAUCAGUUUCAAACGGCUAUUCAAUACUGUCAGAUAGCGUUGGAAAUUUCACAAGAACGUAGAGACACACAAAACGAAACUAAUGCGUACAUUGGGUUAGGAGAUGCUUAUAGAUUCAACAAUCGGCUUCAAAGAGCUAUCCAAUCCUAUGCAAAUGCCUUGGAUAUUGCGCAAGAACGUGGUGAUAAAGCAGGCGAAACAAAUGCGUAUAUUGGGUUAGGACGUGCUUAUAGAUUAACUAAUCAGUUUCAAAAGGCUAUUCAACACUUUCAGAAAGCCAUGGAAAUUGCACAAAAACGUGGAGAUAAACAAACCGAAACAAAUACGUACAUUGGGUUAGGAGAUGCUUUUAGAUUGAACAAUCAGCUUCCAACGGCUAUCCAAUCUUAUGAAAAAGCCUUGGAUAUUGCACAAGAACGUGGAGAUAUACAGAACGAAGCAAAUGCGUAUAUUGGGUUGGCAUGUGCUUAUAGAUUGAAUAAUCAGUUUCAAACGGCUAUUCAAUACUCUCAGAAAGGUUUGAAAAUUGCACAAAAAUGCGGAGACAAGAAAAACGAAACAAAUGCGUACAUUGAAUUAGGAGAUGCUUAUAGAUUGAACAAUCAGUUUCAAACGGCUAUUCAAUGA